AACACUUAGUUCGAAUUCAUUGCGUGCCUUAGAGUCUGGUGAACACGUUUAGGUGUUUAUGUUUUAAAACGGGCUGAUAGUAAACCCUGCGAUGGCAACUGUUUUUAUUGGAACUAUUGUGCACACGAAGUCUUUCAGCGAAUUCGAGUCAUUCGAAAAUGGUUUUUUGGCAAUAGACGACAGCGGAAAGAUAAUAUCAAUUGGCCAUGACUACAAGGGAUGGCUUUCCAGCAACCCCGUCCGGGCCAAGGAUCUGCAUGAGGUCCGGCUCACGGAUUGCCAGUUCCUGAUGCCUGGCUUCGUCGACUGCCAUAUACACGCCCCGCAGUUCGCACAAGUGGGCCUGGGACUCGACAUGCCCCUUCUGGACUGGCUGAACACGUAUACCUUCCCGCUGGAGGCAAAGUUUUCCGACCAACAAUAUGCCCAGCAGGUUUACCAAAGCGUUAUCCACGCAACGCUGCGCUCUGGAACCACCCUGGCUUCCUAUUUCGCCACCAACCACUUGGAAUCGACGCUGAUCCUGGCGCGGGAGGCGGUGCGCCAAGGACAGCGAGCGCUGGUUGGCAAGGUUUGCUCCAACUGCAACAGCCCAGACUUCUACGUGGAGACUGCGGAGGAGUCGGUCAGUGCUACUUUGGCGUUCGUGGAGGAGAUGCGGAGUCUGGGCAGUCCCCUAGUGCUACCCACAAUCACUCCCCGCUUCGCUCUCAGCUGCAGUAAGGAGUUGCUAAAGGAACUGGGCGAUAUAGCGAAGCGAUUCGAUCUUCACGUCCAAAGCCACAUAAGCGAAAAUCUAGCAGAGAUCGAGGUGGUAAAGGGAAUCUUUAAAUCCAGUUACGCAAAAGCUUACGACGAAGCUGGACUGCUGACGAAUAAGACGGUAAUGGCGCACGGGGUGCAUCUCGAGGACGACGAAAUCGCGCUUCUUAAAACUCGCGGUUGCUCGGUGGCACAUUGUCCUGCGUCUAAUACAAUGCUUAGCUCGGGACUCUGCGACGUCCAGCGGCUUGUUAACAACGGCGUGACAGUCGGUCUUGGCACAGACGUUUCGGGUGGAAAUUCCGUUUCAGUUCAGGACGCCCUUCUGCGCGCAUUGGACGUGUCUAAGCACCUGGACUUCUUCAAGAAGCACAAUAUACGCGGAACUGGGAAGGCCCAAUUACAAGAUCCCAACUACGUCCCGCUGAAGUACAAGCAGGCAAUUUAUCUAGCCACUUUGGGCGGCGCCAAGGCGCUUUCCCUGGAUCAUUUGACUGGAAACUUUGCACUAGGGAAGGAGUUUGAUGCCAUAUUAGUUGACGUAAGCGUCAUUGAAAAUCCCGUGAGGAGGCUAAAUGUUGACGAACUGGUAGAAAAGUUCAUUUAUACUGGGAAUGAUCGCAAUAUUAUACAAGUCUUUGUGGCCGGCAAGCCUAUAAAGAACGACUGCCUAUUAAAGUAGCUAGUUGUACUUUAUGCAUUAUACUUUUACAAAGGCAUUUUAAAGGAAUCGUACGGGAAAUUUAUUUUUAUAGACAUUAAAUGCUGAAACGUAAUCUUGCUCUUAGAUGAAUUUCAAAAUAAUUUAUGUACAGUCGAACUUCUAAAGAGUAAAACUAAUUAUUCUACUCGUUUUACAUUUUAUACUCAAAACAGUUAUGUAAACUAUAUUUGAGUUACAUAAUUUUUGUAUAGUUUAAUCACACAAUUGCGAUACAUAGGUUCAGGAUAUAUCGUACAUAAUCUGAAUAAAGUGUAUAUAUUGUUAUAUACAACAUUUUGAAUUCUA